CGCCAUGCCGCCUGCUACUCGCUCCUCAACGUCCAAACCGACGUCUCCGUCGCUGAAGCAAUCCAGGCUUUCCUUCGCUUCCACGAAACGCACUGCGUCCGGGAAGAGCAAGGGCAAGAAGCCCACCCCGUCACGCACAACCUCGACGUCCUCCAUCAUCCGCGUCGACGACAGCUCGGAAGACGACUCUUCUCAGAGCGAGGUCCCAGUGAAAGCGCCUUUGCCGAAAAGGAGGCGCACAGGCGUAACUGAAGAUGUGGCUCGCAUGAAGAUCGCGGAGGGCACUGAGGAGGAGGGCGCGGCGGAGGCGGAGGUUAUGGACUUGCAGGAUAGGAAGGGGCGCUGGCGAAAGUAUUAUGGGACUGUUAGGGAGAAGAUGGGGAACUUGGAGCCGAUCCAUGCUCAAGGACAGACCAAAAUCCACCAUAUCCUCCGAGUAUUCGACCUGUCAUACGAGUAUGGGCCAUGUAUUGGUGUCACUCGUCUCGAGCGCUGGGAGCGCGCUCAGGCUCUGGGCCUCAAUCCGCCUCCAGAGGUCCGAGAGAUUUUGUUGACGAAACAGGGGCUGGAGGAAGACCAGUUCAGAGAAACGGUCUUUUACGGCGAAGCAUAGGGCGAGUAUAUGCUUCCACCAUGGCCUCCCAAGAUUCUCGAGUCGUUUUGUUUGCUAUCGUAGUUAGUCCUUUGAGAUGUACAGAACCACAGUUUGUAAUGUUGUCUGACGGUAAAUACAUUAUGUAUGCUUGUGUCUUGCGAAAACUGAUGCCAUUCUCGUCCAUCGAGGAUACCAGUUGGAGCGGACAGUCUAGGUGCAUCUCUC